GUUCAAGGAGCUAAUACGCGAGAAAUAUUAUCCCGCGUACUAUCGAGCUGAGAUGGAACGUCAAUUUCUGGCACUCAAACAAGGUACUCGUACAGUGGAUGAGUAUGAGCGAGAAUUCACUCGACUUAGAGCCUUUUUUCCUGAUUUGGUGAGCACAGAGGCAAAGAGAUCGAGGCGUUUCACUGACAGGCUUUUGCCAGUAGUCCGUCAUAACAUUGUAGGCCAUGGAGUCCAAUCCUAUGCCCGUGCAGUUACUAUAGCCCAAGAGGUGAACGCAAGCAUUCGAAGGGAGGCCAACCACAAUCCCAAAAAGAUGUUACGACGAGGUGAUUGUCAGGGUUAUCUUGUAAGUCUUGUCAGCGAUGAACCGAAAGCACGGACACCUCACGACGUUCCUAUUGUGCGUGAGUUUGUGGAUGUGUUUCCGGACCAACUUCCAGGAGGACCACCUAACUGGCAGGUAGAGUUCUCUAUUGGUCUUAUUCCAGGAGCCGGCCCAGUUUCCAAA